AUGGACGAUUCCAAGGCCUCCUCCACGCAUAUCGAUCGGGCGGCGGAGGAAAUGGGUGACAUUCCGCCGGAUAGCAAAGAGUACCGGGAAGUUGAUCUAAAUGAUCCCCAGAACUGGUCUACGACAGGACGGCUGACGACCUACCUUACUAUCUGCUCUUUUACCUUCCUCGCCAAUGUUAAUUCCAGCAAUUUCACCGUCGCCACGCAGGCCGUGGUCAAGGAGUUUCAAGUCUCGCAAACCCAGGCGGGCGAACUCGUCUGCUUCAAUGUCUUUCUGUUCGGUCUGGGAAACAUCUUCUGGGUGCCGUUGAUGCGAGUGAUCGGCAAGCGACCGGUAUAUCUCAUCUCCAUGCUCGCAUUGAGCAUGAUGAACGUCUGGUCGAGUCAAGCGUCCAGCUACGGCGAACUGCUCGCCUCGCGCAUCCUAUCGGGCUUCGUCGCCUCCGCCGCAGACGCAACGGUGCCCGCGGUGGUCUCCGACAUGGUGGCACCGCACGAGCGUGGCCAUUACCUGAUGAUCUUCCACUUGGCCAUGACGGCCGGGCUAUUCGUCGGACCGUUGAUCAAUGCAUACCUCGUACAAGAGCAAAAUUGGCGGUGGAUGUGCUAUUUCGUCGCGAUUGCUGUGGGAGUCGUCUUUGUUGUCUCUAUUUUCACUGUUCGCGAAACCUCCUAUAACAGGCGGCAUGCUUCGAAUUCUAAACGGACCUGGUGGCAAUGGAUGUCGGUGACGCGAGGAUACAACUCCGAAGCUUCCUUCGGUCGCACUUUGCUGGAUAUCAUCUGUAGCGCGGCGUAUCCACAGUUGAUAUGGGCGGCUUUCUCCAUCGGCAUCUGCGCGGGCUGGAAUAUCGUCGUUCAGUUGACUGCGUCACGGACCUUUACGGCAGCACCGUACAACUGGCCCGCCGGCAGUCUGGGCCUCCUAUCACUCUCCGGUUUCAUCGGAUCUGUCCUGGCCUUCUACCUGGGUGGUCGACUCAUUGAUGUCAUCUCCACUCGGUAUACGAAACGUCACCAUGGCCAACGUCUUCCGGAGUAUCGACUGCCUGCCAUCGUCAUCCCCGCCACCAUCGGGCCGGCGGGUCUCCUCAUCUUCGGGCUAUGCAUCGCGAACCAGGUCCAUUGGAUGGGAUCUGCCGUCGGAUACUCCAUGCAGGCGUUCGGAGUGGCUGCUAUCUCCAAUGUUGCGGUGACAUACUCGUUGGACUGUUAUAAGCCAGUUACUGGUGAAGCGUUGGUCAUCAUCUUUGUCAUUCGCAACACUAUUGGCAUGCUGUUGUCGCUGUAUGCUGCCGACUGGAUUACUCGUCAAGGCCCGGCGGCCGUAUUUGGCGAGAUGACUGCUAUCCAAGUGGCUAGUAUGCUACUCGCAAUUCCGUUGUUCUUUUGGGGAGUGAGGCUGCGGAGAGCAACGUCGACGUAUGGGCCCAUGAAGCGGUUUCAGAGCCAAGAUAAUACGUAG